AAUCUCGUAGUUAGCACCACAGAAAACCAUUGAUUCGUUCUCCAAUUCUUUUCUUCGCAAUCGGAGCCGCCGAAUUCUGCACAAUGGCUUCGAUUUCUCUGCAAUUUACCCCCUUCAUUUCUCCUCUACACCACCGCCGUAAUCUCCGCCUUCACAGACCCAAAAUUCCCUGUCUCUUGCCGCCGAAGCUCCCCAGAUUGCUUGCCGUCCGAUCAGUUCAACGAAAUAACGAAUACCCAUCUCCCCUGCCUCCGGCAAAACCCUCCGGUUUGGAUGAUUUUCUUUCGACGGCGGCGAGUCUGUACCCUCUGUAUGUGACGGUCGGCGGCGUCGUUGCUUGCCUGAAACCGUCGACCUUCUCGUGGUUUGUGGAGAGAGGACCCACUUCGUAUAGCUUGGCUCUUGGAUUGAUUAUGUUGGCUAUGGGUCUCACUCUGGAGCUGAAGGAUUUGGUUAAUUUGUUCAUGCAGAGGCCACUUUCUAUAUUGUUUGGAUGUGUAGCUCAGUACACGAUUAUGCCGGCUGCCGGAGCUCUUAUUGGCAAGUUUUUUGGGCUUUCAACGCCGCUUUCGGUUGGUUUGAUCUUGCUUUCGUGUUGCCCUGGAGGGACUGCCUCCAAUGUGGUAACCUUAAUUGCUCAAGGCGACGUUCCUUUGUCUAUUGUAAUGACAGUAUGCACCACUCUAGGAGCCGUAAUUCUCACUCCAUUUCUUACCAAAUUACUAGCAGGAGCUUACAUUCCAGUUGAUGCUGCAAAGCUCUCUCUCAGCACCCUUCAGGUGGUGGUAGCUCCUAUUCUCUUAGGUUCUUACUUGCAGAAGGCGUUUCCUCAGCUGGUGAAAUUGGUGAUACCAUUUGCACCACUCGUUGCUGUCUUAACUUCGUCGCUGCUUGCUUGCAGUGUCUUCUCGGAGAAUGUCGUUCGUUUCAAAUCAUCGAUGGUUAAUGCCUCAUUAGCUUCUGAUGCAUCUCCAUGGAUGAUUAUUAGAAGUAUAUUAUCAGGAGAGUUAGGAAUGGUCGUACUUUCAGUGUUUUGUUUACACUUCGCGGGCUUCUUUGUCGGUUAUGUAGCAGCGAGUAUCGGGGGGUUUCGAGAACGGGAACGAAGAGCUAUAUCCAUAGAGGUUGGGAUGCAGAAUUCAUCAUUGGGAGUUGUUUUGGCGAGCUCACAUUUCAGCUCAGCAAUGGUGGCAUUACCGGCAGCGAUGUCAGCUGUGAUAAUGAACAUAAUGGGUAGCACUCUUGGGCUUUGUUGGAGAUAUAUAGAACCUUCUGCUGAUGAAGUGGAAGCCAGUGGUAGCGUUGCCAACUGAAAUUCUUGCCCUUUUUUUAGUGUUUAAUUUAUCUCUUGUAAGUGUAUAUUUGUUCUUUAAAUUCAUAAUAAUCUCCAUGUCAUUUUAUGGGUUAAAAGAAUUUGACCUUUUUAUCUUUGA